GCAGUGCUUGUUUUCCAUCUACCAAUAUUCCUUCUUUUGGGCAAAAUCUUUAUGGUUUGCCAUGAAAAACGAUUCGUCAAUAUUCGUAGCAGUGCGAGUGAGACCGUUUACCGAACAAGAACAAGAAUUGUUGGUUGAAACACCUAAUUCAGCAGAAUAUCUUGGUGAUGGUUCCCUUGCGGGAGCAAAGUCGUCCUCAUAUUUCUCCGAACAGACGAAAAAAAGGGGGAUUCGGCGCAUCUUACGUGUCUUGGAUAACAAUGUGUUAGUAUUUGAUCCUCCAGAGGAAAACCCAUUAGCUGGUGUCCAAAAAUCUAUACUCUCUGCUGGUAAGCGGUUUCGGGACCUUCGGUUUGCUUUUGAUAGACUUUUUCAUGACAAUGCUACGCAAGAAGAGGUAUACGAAGGAACUACAAAAUCUUUGCUAGACAGUGUACUUGAAGGAUACAAUGCUACGGUCUUUGCAUACGGUGCUACGGGAUGCGGGAAAACACAUACUAUUAGUGGUGAGCCCAACGAUCCUGGUAUUAUAUUUCUUACAAUGCGCGAGUUGUUAACUCGAAUCGAGAAUGUCAAAGCUACCAUGGACGUUGAGCUUUCAGUAUCUUACUUGGAAAUUUAUAAUGAAAAAAUUCGUGAUCUGCUUUCUCAAGAUCCAACCUCGUUAGUGACUCCCAAAUCAUUGACUAUUCGAGAAGAUGCUGACCAAAACAUUUCAGUUCCGGGUCUUACAUGCUUUUCACCAAAGGAUCUGGAGGAGGUGAUGGAUAUUAUUGUACGUGGCAAUAACAAUCGCACUAUGUCCCCAACUGAGGCAAACGCGGUUUCUUCGCGAUCCCAUGCUGUUUUGCAAAUUUACAUUCAUCAAAAACCUCGCUCUAAUCCUGAUGGGAAGGAAUUGCAAUCGGUAUUUUCAUUUAUUGAUUUAGCGGGUUCCGAACGGGCUAGCGCGACAAAGAACCGUGGCGAUCGCUUGAUAGAAGGUGCUAACAUAAACCGUUCAUUACUAGCAUUAGGAAAUUGUAUCAAUUCUUUAUGCGACCAACGUCGUCGACAACAUGUUCCUUACAGGGAUUCAAACCUCACACGACUUUUGAAAUUCAGUCUUGGAGGGAAUUGUAAAACUGUUAUGAUUGUAUGCGUUUCACCUUCUUCUCAACAUUAUGAUGAAACCCAUAAUACGCUCAAAUAUGGAAAUCGAGCAAAAAAUAUCAAAACCAAGGUGACACGAAAUACUAUUAGUGUGGAUCGACAUGUUAGUGAAUAUGUUCGGGUCAUCUAUGAGCUUCGGCAGCGUGUAUCGUUUUUGCAAAAACGUAUAUCAGAGGAAUCCAAUCAAUCCUUAUCUUCGAAGGAAGCGAGGAAAAUAUCUUCUCGUGAAGUUCGAAUGCUGGAAGCAAGGAAUAUCUUGAAAGCUUCUUUUGAUGGAUCUCGAGAUUUACAAAAAGAACUUGUACACAACGUUCGUACUCUCAGAAAGCUUGAGGAUGAAAUUCAUCUUUCUCAAGUUUGGAUAGCACAAGCAGAAAACCAUGAGGCAAUUCCUAAAAAAGAGUUGGAGUUGGUGAAAAGUCGACUUGAACAACUUUAUGCUGAACGUACUUUAAUUUUUUCAAAAGUUAAUCCUGAUGAAAUAUGUAAAACAUUCUUGAACAGUAUAUCUCACAUUAUAGCUUCGUUUAAAGCAGAGGGUGACGAUUUAUAUGCUGAUAUGCUUCAAGACGAGGUCGAUCUAUUGAAGUCCAUUGUUGAAAAUCAAAUUUUGGAUGUAAGAUCGGAAGCAGAGUCUCUAUCUAAUGUUACAAAGAAGAUGCUACAAAGCAUGUUUUCAAUGCUUCCUUUACUCCCUGAGGAGGCUGUCGAUACAAACGAGUAUCUUGCCAAUGCUUUCGAUCAACUGGUUGGUAUUUCUCCUUCAGUGACUCAAUUCAAAGCUACGAGGUUUCCCCCUUUACCAAAGCAGUUCGGGUCAACGUCUGUGAAUGAUCUUCCUCAGUCACCAAGCAAGUUUAAAGCUCGUUCACCCACUAAAGCAGCUCGUGUUUUGAAAAAGCCAUUAAAAAAACGUGUCCGUUUUAGUGAGAUGCCUUUGGGAAGCCCUUUAGCAGCCUCUGGAUCAAAAACAAAACCUAAGCGAUGGUCUCUGGAUCCUUCUAAAAAUAAGCCUUCUCAAUUUCGGUUGGGGUCUCCUAUGCGUCGACCCGAUAGUCCAUCUUCACCAACCAAAAUGACACCAACACCUCAACUUGAUUCGGAUUCUAAUUUAAUGCCUCCCCCAUCUACCAUGCAGUAUCCUAAACGCGAUUCCCUUCUUAAGCUCAAUCCCGAAGCAAUAGCAAGUCGACGAACAUCGCUCGUCAUGCAACCUCUUCUAAAAAAUCCAGAGAAGAAAAGCUAAUGUACAUUCUAUUAUGGAACUUUUAACCUGUGGAGCGCAAUAGUCAUAAUGCUGCUUGCUACACCCUCAUCCACGCUCUUUUUAAUGAUUCUCAAUUUUUUGUGUCGUUUUACCGUUUCUCAUUGUAAUGAUUACUGCCAUUCCUUUCUUUUCCUUGUUUUCUUUUUGAUGAAUUACUUUAAUGCACUAAUACAUAUAAUACACGCAGUUUUAUUUUUUUGGCUCCGCUAAAUCUAUCGUUCGUAGUAGAAAGUAAAUUAAAUAACGACUUAUUCACAAGCAUUA